UCUCGCGCUCCAAUUUAGUUCGUCGUUGAAAACAUGAAGGAAAAGAAGAGCAAAUUCCAGCGGGGACCAAAGUCAAGUUAAAGUUUCACCUGAACUGGGAACUCAUCAUUACCGAGCGGAUGGACGGACAGGAAGGGAAAUAUCAAUUCAAGUCCUUGCAGUGAUAAGCGCUUAGAUGAAUAAACAAUCGCUGAAGUCAUAAACUGCCCGCGUGCGUUGAGCCAGCCGGACUCGAGGCAUUCGCUCGGGCUCUGGUUCUGUCCACUGAAGGUCAGAAACUUCAAACCGAGAAGCAGAGGCGUCGCCACCCGCCGACUCAGCAGUCAUGGCUGGGGCGAAACCGGGAGUACACGCGUUGCAGCUCAAACCGGUGUCUGUCCAUGAGGUGCUCAAACGGGGGAGCAAGUUUAUCAAAUGGGACGAGGAGGCCAUACCCACCCUCGUCACCCUUAAAGUGGACCCAGAUGGAUUCUUCCUCUACUGGUCUGGAGGGACCAGCAUGGAAGUGGAAGUCCUAGACAUCAGUCAAAUCAGGGACACCAGGACAGGGAGGUUUGCCAGGUUUCCAAAGGACCCACGUUUACGUGAGACAUUGGGUUUGAUCAAAGGAGAUUCCUACUCCGAAUCAAAGCUGCUAACUAUCGUCUUCGGCAAUGACCUGGUCAACCUCUACUUCCUCAACUUCCAAGCUGUGCAGGAGGGCUAUUGCAAGGUGUGGACUGAUGAGCUGUUUAAACUUGCUACAAACAUACUGUCCCAGAAUGCUUCCCGCAACACCUUCUUAUUCAAAGCUUACACCAAGCUGAAGCUGCAGGUAAAUCAGGAUGGGAGAAUCCCAGUGAAGACCAUCCUGAAAAUGUUCUCAGAUAAGAAACGUGUGGAGAUGGCACUGGAGCACUGCGGUCUGGUUAAUAACAGGGCUGAUGGUAUAAAGCCAGAUUGCUUCACCUGGGAAAUGUUCCAGAACUUUCUCAACAAACUAAGUCCCAGACCAGAAGUGGAGCGUAUCUUCGUGGAGCUUGGCUCCAAAGGGAAGCCCUUCCUGUCUCUGGAUCAGUUGAUGGACUUUAUAAAUCGCAAACAGAGAGAUUCUCGACUAAAUGAGGUUCUUUACCCACCGCUCAAGCGAGAUCAGGUCCACCAGCUCAUGGAGAGAUAUGAGACCAACGCCAGCCAGCUGGAGAGAGAUCAGAUCUCCCUGAUGGGCUUUGCAAAGUAUCUUGGUGGGGAGGAGAACUCUGUGGUUCCUCCUGAGAGGUUGGACCUCAUCGAUGAUAUGAACCAACCCCUGUCCCACUAUUUCAUCAACUCUUCACACAACACAUACCUCACAGUGGGUCAGUUGACGGGCAUGUCAUCAGUGGAGAUGUACAGGCAGGUGUUGCUGACAGGAUGCCGCUGUAUAGAGCUGGACUGCUGGAAGGGCCGCCCACCUGAGGAAGAGCCAAUCAUCACGCACGGUUUUACCAUGACAACAGAGAUUUCAUUCAAGGAAGUAAUUGAGGCCAUCGCUGAAAGUGCGUUCAAGACAUCUCCCUACCCUCUUAUCCUGUCCUUUGAAAAUCAUGUAGACUCGGCAAAGCAGCAGGCUAAAAUGGCUGAGUACUGUCGCACUAUGUUCGGGGACGCUCUGCUCAUUGAACCCCUGGAGAAAUAUCCACUGGAUCCUGGUCAGCAACUGCCAAGCCCCCAGGAACUCAUGGGGAAGAUCUUGAUCAAGAACAAGAAGAAACAUCACCACAGGGCCUCUAACGGUGGGAGCAUCAGACGCAAGGACGGGACAGACGAACAGUCCUCACCCUUGAAUGAUUGUCCAUUGUCUAAUGGGGAGGUGGGCCAGCUCAUGUCCAAUGGGGGCGAGAAGCUUGCAGAGAGGAUGGACAAAGAUCUUGAUAUCCGCAAGUCUAUUGACCGGGGAGAUGGAGAGAGUGAUGAAGAGGAGGAAGAGGAACCCAUUCCAGAUCCAAAGAAACACAACAACACUGAUGAGGGUACUGCAUACAGUGAGGUGAACGCUACAGAGGAGAUGUCUACAUUGGUCAACUACAUAGAACCUGUCAAAUUCAAGUCCUUUGAGGCGGCAUCCAAGAGGAAUAAGUAUUUUGAGAUGUCAUCUUUUGUGGAGACCAAAGGCAUGGACACAUUGAAGAACUCUCCCAUGGAGUUUGUUGAAUACAAUAAAAAGCAGCUGAGUCGCAUCUACCCCAAAGGGACACGUGUGGACUCUAGCAACUAUAUGCCACAGCUCUUCUGGAACGUGGGUUGCCAAAUGGUGGCAUUAAACUUCCAAACUCUCGACUUGCCGAUGCAGCUGAACAUGGGGGUGUUUGAAUAUAACUGCCACUGUGGUUAUCUGCUCAAGCCGGAGUUCAUGAGACGCACGGACAAACACUUUGACCCCUUUACUAUGGGCAUUGUGGAUGGCAUCGUAGCCAACACAAUUAAAAUCAAGAUCAUCUCAGGUCAGUUUCUGAACGAUAAGAAGGUUGGUGUUUACGUGGAGGUGGACAUGUUUGGACUUCCUGCAGACACUAAAAGGAAAUAUCGAACGAAAACAUCUAACAACAACUCUCUGGACCCUGUCUGGGAUGAUGAAACCUUUAUGUUCAACAAGGUGGUGUUGCCCACCCUAGCAUCUCUGCGAGUAGCAGUGUAUGAAGAAAACGGGAAGUUUAUUGGCCAUCGUAUCUUGCCAGUAUCGGCACUGCGCCCAGGAUAUCACUACAUCUGUCUGAAGAAUGAGCUGAACCAACCGCUUUUGCUGUCAUCCCUGCUUGUGUACACUGAGGCACAAGACUACAUUCCCAAUGAGCACCAAGAGUAUGCAGAGGCUCUGACAAACCCCAUCAAACAUCUCUCUCUGCUGGCCCAGAGAGAAAAGCAGCUAUUAGCACUUAUGGAGGAUCCCACUGAGGGUGGACCUGUGAAACAAGAGGAAGGAGACAAGUUUGACUCUGGCUUUGUGACCUCUGUUGACCCUAUCUGCCCUCUGCCGUCUCCAAUAAUUCCUUCUGUGGUCACCGAGGUCCUGAACCCUCCUGCAUCAGGCCAAAAAGAAGAUUUAGUCAACAAUGUUCUUAAAGUAAUCGAACCUCAGUCCACUGAUGAGCUCAAACAGCACAACUCCUACUUGAAGCUGUUGAAGAAGCAAUGCAAGGAACUCAAAGAGCUGAAAAAGAAACAUCUCAAAAAGAUGUGGGCUCUCAGUAAGGAACAAAGGACUCGCUGUAAUCAGCUGAACUCUGACCUCCAGAGGAAACGGAGUCAGGUGGAGAAGCGCCUGCGUUCCAGUCUGAAGAAAAAUGGGUCAGAGGAGCCGGUGCAGAGGGAAUUUAACAAGCUGAAUCUGGAGCUGCAGAAACAGAUGGAGCAGUUCAGAGAGGAGCACAUGCUGGAGCUUCUUGCACUUAGACAGGCACAACAUCAGACAGAGAAAGAGGAUAAACAAUUCCACCUCAAAGAGGCCAAUCAGAAACUGAGGGAAGUCGCCCUAGAAUGCCAAGCAACCCAGAUCAAGAAACUCAAGGAAGUGUGUGACAAAGAGAAGAAAGAGUUACAGAAGAUUCUGGACAGGAAGAGGGUGAACAGCAUCAUUGAGGCCAAGAAAGCAGAAAAGGACAAGGCUGAGGCGGAGCUGAAUGAGAUCAAUACAAAACAUAUCCAUGAUUCGGUCACCUUAAUCAGUCAGCUGGAAGUGUCUCAAGGGAAGCGUCAAGAGAACUUAAAAGUCCUUCACAAGGACAUCCUUCAGAAAAUAGAGGAGGAGGUUCCUAUGGAUCAGGCCCGUCUGACACGCGACUGCGAGGCAGAGCUGAAGCUAUUGCCAGAGGAGAUCUCACAGUACCUGCAGGAGCUCGAGAGCAAAGGCUCUCGUAAAGACACUCUGAUGGGUCAGGCCAAUGACAGCCCCAGCUCCGGCCCCCCCUCUAACUGCAGCACGCCCCCUUAUUCCUCCCCCAACCACAGCUGGAGCAGCAUGGGCAAUAUCUCGCCCUCACUGCUGGACCCCUCCUCCACCUCAAACACUCCUGUCAAGUCAGAGACAGAUACUACAGGAGUGUACUAGUGAUACUACCAUUUUUGUUUUUUUGUUUUCUUAUCUCUCUCUCCAAUCUAUUUCUGUCCGCAGCGGAUUUUAAGAGUAGAUAUAAUAUUGCUAUAAGUUGUAUGCA